AUGAAUGACAGUGACCCACCUACCAGACAGUUUGUCAUGUGGCUGGAGAAGCAGGAGAACUUUGUAGUGAUACCUUUGGAUGAUACACAUCUCUUCCUACAGGGUGCCAACAACAAUGUCAUUGAAGUCAUACAGAGGAGACUGGACGAGUUGCAAGAUCAGAACACUUACAAUGCAUUUGAUCAAGCAAAC